UGGCCAAUCCAAAACGCAGAACCUGCUCGUGUGGGCGGGGCCAGGACGAAAAGCGCGCAGGAAUUGGCGGUCCAGAGAUGACCAGCCGUGUGGAGUCAAUGGAGCGCUGGGACGCGUCGGCGGCGGUGUAGUAGUAAGCGUUGCACGGGGGACGCGGCUGGUACGUUCGCUGCAGUUGUGUUAUCCUUUGGCGGCGUUGGCAGUGCAGCGACGGUUGAGGUAGAUUGGCGGCCGCGGCGCGUGUGUGUGUGUGAGAGAGCGCCGUAUCGAGGAGCAGCAGUCACAGCAGCAGCAGCAGCAGCACCAGUACCAGUUACCCACCUCGGCGUGUCCGCAGCUUUUUUGAACGGCAGCACAGGCGCCUUGGCGUUGCUUCAUUUUGUUUUUUCAUCGUAAGGGAGAACGUCCAGUUGUUUAUGGUGGGAGUUCGAAGACGACCUGCACGCAGCAAGGAAUAAAAGUAGCCGCAGCAUGCCCACCGUCACGCCGAGGAGACUGAAAUGCGGGCAGGUGCACCUGUCGUGACAUUUGCGGAGAGGUGGCCACCACACGAUGUGACGACGAGCCAGCAGCGGGCGACACUCGUGCCUUCAGCCGGCCUGGGCGGCGGGCUCGGGGCUUGAUGGUUGUGGUGGAGGGUAACACGAAGACGGCGGCGGCGACGAUGAGCAUUGAGAGCUGCCGCUCGAAAGCGCCGCUUCAGUAGCUGGGCGUUUCAUUUGAUUUUUGCUUUCCCGAAGCCUCCCGUCAUUGUCAGCCCUUCUGAAUUCCGGAGCCCAAGCCAGCAGGGAGAGGUCCUGGCCGGGACGCCAGUCCGCCAGCGGGCGCCCACCGACACGCCGCGCCUACGAGCUUCACGGAUAGGACGGCUGCUCGGUGCUGGGCGGAUUCUUCUCGCUUCUUGUUCUUUCCUUUUCUUUUUUUUAAUGAUAUUUGGAUGUUUUAUCUGUGGAGAUCAUAUGACUUUAGGCACUGAAGCCCCCCAUGGGGGAGGCUUGUGCUGUCCAAAGUGAGUUUCACCAAAGAUGUCAAAGUGAAGAAGACUCCAUUCUUCUUUCUUUCUUUCUUUUUUUUUUCUGAUGAAUAAUCCAUGUUUUGAAAGAACUGCGAGUGGGGGGCCGACCACAGACCGGACCCCCUGGAUGAUUUUUUACUUUUGGAUGUGCCGCAGUGGAAUGUUCAGGUUGGAUUAAGUAAUAAUGUGUCUCCUUGAAACAUUUUAAGUUUUUAUUUUUUUUAAGGUACAUUUCUUGAGUUGCAGUGCCGGGUGCUUCUGUCAUGGGAUUGCCUUCUCGUUGCACAAGUGGCUCUUUUGGGCUUGGAUCUUGAGAUUGUGCCUCUUUAGACUCCCUGCUUUUGCUCAGCAUGUCCAGGUCAAACAGCGUAAGCCCCCCAGGGUUCAGUGCCCCGGGACCCCGAACCGGAACCGAGCACCGCUCGGCUUGGGAUGAGUCCGAAUCGAGAGCCAAUGGCUACCCCUACACAGCAAAGUCGUCCACAAAGAAAAGCUCGAGGGCUAGCGGCAGAUGGAGAGAUGACGACGACUUUGAGAGACCGCCCGGCAAGACCCCGGCCAUCAGUCGGGUGAGUUUUAGGUCCAAGUCUGCGUGGCAGGAUCACGGCGAGGAGAUCUGCAUCAACAGCAGACCCAGUCCCAAGCAUCCCGACGGAGAGGUGAGACCCCGAUCGGUGGAGCUAGGGCUGGAGGAGCGAAGGGGGCGCUCCAAAGCCGACGAAGACCCGUCCGAGGUCAAAUUUACCGUGGCGGAUUGCUGCAACAGCAUUAUGCAGAUCUUCAGGUCCAAGAAGUUCCAGUCCGAGAAGUUGGAGAGGUUGUACCAGCGUUACUUUUUCAGGCUCAAUCAAAGCAGCUUGACCAUGCUGAUGGCCGUGCUGGUGCUGGUCUGUGUGGUCAUGCUGGGCUUCCACUGCGCGGGUGGGGAUUACAAAGUGCCCUAUGUGGUGGUCUUCUCAGUGGCUAUUUUGCUCAUCAUUCUUCUUAUGAUUAUAUGCAACAAGAAUGGAUUCCACCAGGACCACAUGUGGAUCGUGUGCUACCUUGUCAUCUUGAUCGUCUUUGUGGUGCAGAUCGUUGGGGUUUUACUCGUGGAACCCAGAAGUGCCUCCGAGGGGAUUUGGUGGACGGUGUUCUUCAUUUAUGUCAUUUACACUCUGCUGCCGGUGAGGAUGCGGGCCGCUGUCAUUAGUGGAGUUGUUCUCUCGGCCAUCCACGUCACCAUUUCUUGGAAGUUAAAUGAGACGGACAGCUACCUCUGGAAGCAGCUGGUCGCCAAUGUGCUGAUCUUCUCCUGCACAAACAUCGUUGGCGUUUGCACCCACUAUCCUGCAGAGGGGUCCCAGAGGCAGGCGUUUCAGGAGACCAGGGAGUGUAUCCAGGCGAGGCUCCACUCUCAGAGGGAGAAUCAGCAGCAGGAGCGGCUGUUGCUCUCCGUUCUUCCCCGCCAUGUUGCCAUGGAGAUGAAAGCUGACAUUAAUGCUAAGCAGGAGGAUAUGAUGUUUCAUAAGAUUUACAUCCAGAAGCAUGAUAACGUGAGCAUCUUGUUCGCUGACAUUGAAGGUUUCACCAGCCUGGCGUCCCAGUGUACGGCACAGGAGCUCGUCAUGACGUUGAAUGAGCUGUUUGCGCGCUUUGACAAGCUGGCAGCGGAGAAUCACUGCCUGCGAAUCAAAAUCCUGGGCGACUGCUACUACUGCGUGUCCGGACUGCCGGAGGCUCGGGCAGAUCAUGCCCACUGCUGCGUGGAGAUGGGCGUGGACAUGAUAGAGGCCAUCUCGCUCGUGCGGGAGGUGACAGGCGUGAACGUCAACAUGCGCGUCGGGAUUCACAGCGGCCGUGUGCACUGCGGCGUCCUGGGCCUGCGCAAGUGGCAGUUUGAUGUUUGGUCCAAUGAUGUCACCCUGGCCAAUCAGAUGGAAGCCGGAGGGAAAGCUGGGCGUAUCCACAUAACCAAAGCUACCCUGAAUUACCUGAAUGGAGAUUACGAUGUGGAGCCCGGCUUUGGAGGGGAGCGAAACUCGUACCUAAAGGAGAACAACAUCGAGACGUACCUCAUCGUCGGCUGCAGUCAGAAGCGGAAAGAAGAGAAGGCGGCCAUUGCCAAGAUCAACAGGCAGCGCACCAACUCCAUCACUCACAACACCUCCCACUGGUGCUCCGACCGGCCCUUCUACAACCAUCUUAGCUCUCACCAGGUGUCCAAGGAAAUGAAGAGGAUGGGAUUUGAAGAUCCGAAGGACAAGCACUUCAUCUUCAGAAACACUCAAGAAAAUAUGAACCCGGAAGACGAGGUGGACGAGUUUCUUGGUCGGGCCAUCGACGCCAGGAGCAUUGACCGUUUGCGCUCAGAGCACGUCAAGAAGUUUCUGCUGACAUUCAGGGAACCGGAUUUGGAAAAAAAGUAUUCCAAGCAAGUGGACGACAGGUUCGGGGCUUAUGUGGCUUGUGCUUCACUCGUCUUCCUCUUUAUCUGCUUCAUCCAGGUCAUUAUUGUUCCACGCUCCACUCUGAUGAUCAGUUUUUACGUGACGUGUUUCCUCAUCCUGGCAACAGUAAUGUUUGUGUCAGCCAUCUACUCCUGCUUUGGGCUCUUCGCUGCUCCUCUGCAGACGCUGUCAAAGAAGAUCGUCCAGUCGCGGAUUAACAGCACGAUUGUCGGCGUCUUCACGAUCAUCCUCGUGUUCAUCUCUGCGUUCAUCAACAUGUUCACCUGCAGCACCAGUGAAGUCCACACCUGCGUGGCCAGAGAGUUCAACAUCAGCCCCAGCAGCGUCAACGCCUGCCACGUCAGCAGCUCCAGCUUCAACUACACCAUGGACAUGAUGGAUGGAUUCUGUGGCAGCACCUCGCCCAACUGCAACUUCCCAGAGUACUUUUCCGCCAGUGUGCUCCUCAGCCUCCUGGCCUGCUCUGUGUUCCUGCAGAUCAGCAGCAUUGGCAAGCUGGCACUCAUGCUGUUCAUCGAAUGUCUGUACGUCUUCAUCAUUGAGAUCCCCGAAGUGAGCCUCUUCGACAAUGUUGACCUGCUGGUUACGACCAACGCCAUUAAUCGUGCCAAUGGAACCUGUUUCAUAACCGUAUCCAAGGUGGCCUUGAAGAUUAUGACCCCUGUGAUCAUCACCGUCUUUGUCCUUGCACUGUAUCUGCACGCCCAGCAGGUGGAGUCCACCGCACGUCUCGACUUCCUCUGGAAACUGCAGGCCACAGAAGAAAAAGAAGAAAUGGAGGAGCUGCAGGCCUACAACAGACGGCUGCUUCAUAACAUCCUCCCCAAGGACGUCGCCGCACACUUCCUGGCCCGCGAGCGCCGCAACGACGAGCUCUACUACCAGUCCUGCGAGUGCGUCGCCGUCAUGUUUGCCUCCAUCAGCAAUUUCUCUGAAUUUUAUGUCGAGUUGGAGGCCAACAACGAAGGAGUCGAGUGUCUCAGGCUUCUGAACGAGAUCAUCGCCGAUUUCGAUGAGAUAAUCAGCGAGGACCAGUUCCGCCAACUCGAGAAGAUCAAGACUAUCGGGAGCACCUACAUGGCCGCCUCUGGCCUGAACGACUCCACCUUUGACAAGGCAGGGAAGACGCACAUCAAAGCUCUUGCCGACUACGCCAUGAGGCUGAUGGACCAGAUGAAGUACAUUAACGAGCACUCCUUCAACAACUUCCAGAUGAAGAUCGGUCUUAACAUUGGCCCAGUGGUGGCUGGCGUCAUUGGGGCACGGAAGCCUCAAUAUGACAUCUGGGGAAACACGGUGAAUGUAGCGAGCCGCAUGGACAGCACCGGAGUUCCAGAAAGGAUCCAGGUGACCACUGACAUGUACCAAGUCCUGGCCGCCCACAACUACGCGCUCGAGUACCGAGGUGUGGUCAAAGUGAAGGGCAAGGGAGAAAUGACCACCUACUUCCUGAACGAAGGGCCCCCCAGCAGUUAGCGGCCCCAACGCAAGAAUCGGACGCUUGUUGCCCUCGGAACGUGGCAGGUGACUGGCGGGCUGUCCCAAGUGACCAAAGAUGUAUUUAUUUUAUUUAUUUAUUGCUUCUUCACUUGUGGUCGCCAAGUGCUUUGGUGGCGGGGAGCGCAUUUUAUCAUCACGGACGUGUUCAGGAGGAUUUGAUUUGGACGACACGAUGCUGCAUGAAAACGACGCCAGCGGGACGCCCUCCUCGGCCGGCAGCUCCCGGUUUGGAAAGUGAGUGGGCCGUGCCCCCCGGGCCCAGAAGAGACAAUGUUACGAAGCUUUUUGUACUUUUUGUCAUUUUGUACUUUCACUAGCAGAUAUUUGAGAUUCUAUAUUUUGUAAAUGACUCGACACUACGUGUGCGUUAUCAAGUAACACAAAUGUACUGCAACCGUGCACUUUUCAGGCGGGCGGCCCGGGACGACACGCCCGUACCUCCCAGCGGAGCGGCAAAGGGGGCGCUGCCACCGCUCGGUCAGUCUCCCCGGCGCCCAGUGGCCUGUCGCUCCCGUGGCGUCUUCAACGCUUCAUUUUUCACAUUUUGCCUUCCUUUCUGGUUUGUUUUUGGGCCUCACCCGUCAUGCGUUCGCCUCCAUUUUAGUUCUCGUUUUGAACAUGUAGAUAGCAGGCGGCGCCGGUGACGGAGCCCAUGAAUGUUCAGCUUUGUUCCUUUCCUCCUCUUCUCGUUUUUGAUGCCCCCUUUUCAAUGUGUAAUAAAACUUGCCUGUUCUCUG